AUGGUUUCUACUAAUCUACCAAAGGCCACCUGGUCUCGCAUCACUUCCAGCAAGCGUCUCUACCGUUCCUCCCAAGCUGUCUCUACGGUUAGUCAAAAGAUCUACAUCUUUGGCGGCGAGUUACUUCCGCGUGAACCAGUCGACAACAGAGUUGAUGUUGUCAGUCUCGAUGCUCAAGAUGACGGCGCGCAAACCCUCACAGCUCCCGCCAAAGCUCCCUCGCCUCGAGUCGGCAGCCCAAGCACCACCAUCGGAAACAACAUCUUCCUCUUCUCCGGACGCGGCGGUCUCGAAAUGAGGCCAGUCGAAGAAAAGGGCGCUGUUUGGCGUUACAACACAGCCGAAAAUACGUGGGACUCUAUCAAGCCCGCCAAUCUUUGUGCGCCUUUCCCAGAUGGUCGAAGCUACCAUUGCAUCACCUCAGAUGGUGUUGACCAGAUCUACUUGCACUCUGGAUGCCCUGAGCAGAACCGACUGAACGACCUUUGGGUUUUCGACGUGACCAAACGGGAAUGGGCUGAGCUCCCCUCUGCACCAGGGCCUGCGCGUGGUGGCUCCUCCAUCGCAUUCCACGACGGGAAACUGUAUCGCAUGAACGGCUUCGACGGUAACACGGAACAGGGCGGUGCGCUGGAUAUUUAUAACAUUGAGACCGGUUCAUGGUCUACAGUUACCUACAAGCCAGAUGGCGUUGAAGGCCCUGAAGCGAGAAGUGUCGCAACACUACUGGCACUCUCGGUACAGAGCAAGACAUUUUUGGUCACCAUGUUUGGCGAGAGAGACCCUAGCGCUCUUGGCCACGCUGGCGCUGGAAAGAUGCUGUCUGAUGUCUGGGCCUUUGAUAUUGAGGGGGGUACCUGGGAGAGGGUGGAGACUGGUGACGAGGAACCUGUUGCUAGGGGAUGGUUUGAUGCUGAUGCUGUACGGGAUGGAGAUGGAAAAGAUGCUGUGGUUGUACAUGGAGGCCUUGGGGAGGAUAACCAGAGACUGGGUGAUGUUUUUAUAUUGCGUUUUUAG